AUGAUCCCACAUGAAUCUGGUACGUUAUUUGGCCCAAGUUCGAUAACACAAGUUACAUCGUGUGCGAAUCUACCCAUAUUACGUAAAGCUGACUACGCCUAUCCUAGCCGUCAGUUUGUGACGUCAUGGGCUGCAGUCGGGGCGGGAGAACGACCUCCGUGGUCCAGUGGUAUCGUCUCUAACUUCGUGACGAAACAGGCAUGGGAUCGAAUCCAUGAAGGUGUAUAUAGGUGGAACGCGCAGAAAGGUAGUAGAAUUGAACAGAGGUUUGGAUUCACGUGCCGCGUCCUAGUCGCCUCUGAGCGUGAGGCGGUAUUUGUUUCGGAGCACUUCAUGGAACGCGAGCGAGGAAAGGUUGUCGUCUACGUCACCACGCUGGGCAUCGUUCGCGACACCUACGAACGCUGCCUAAGAAUCCGCAAGAUCCUGUGGACGCUGUUGGUUCGCUUCGAGGAGAGGGACGUGUUUAUGGCGCGGGAUACCCAGAUACAGCUCCUCGACCGCCUCCAUGCCCGCGGGGUCACGGUGCCUCACGUCUUCCUCGAGGGGCAGUAUUUGGGGGAUGCUGAGCAGAUCGAGCGAUUAAAUGAAUGCGGGGAAUUACGUCGUCUUCUUCAGCCGUACAGGCGAGCGGCCUCAGCCAGCACGUGCGACACCUGCGGCGGCUUCCGUCUCCUCCCGUGCACCGUCUGCAACGGGUCCAAAAAGUCCGUCCACCGCAACGACUGGACGCUCGAAUUCGUGGCUCUCAAGUGCUCCAGCUGCGACGAGUCCGGUCUAGUCAAGUGCCAGGACUGCGCCGAGUACAAGGACGUUAAUGGUAACCACAACGGUUAACGACUGAGUCCCCGGACGCACGGAAGAGAAGCGAGAUAACCGCGUUUUCUUGAUCUAUGGGACUUUUAAAGAGUGUAUAUAUACAGAUAUAUAUUUAUAUAUUCUGCUUUUUUGAGCCAUGUAUCAGGAGUUAUAUUUGGUUUUAGACAAUCCUAUGGCUUAAAAUAUGUCCUUUUUCAGGGAGAGAAUGCUCGAGAUAUUUAUUGCAAUGUGUAAAUAGCACAUGCAUUACGUUUACACAACUCUGCCGUAGUGAAGUCUUUUGUUCCUUUUUUGCAAAGAUGUCUUUAAAAAUAAAAAAAAUAUAUAUAUAUAUUAAAAAUAUAUAAAAAAGAUGGUUGUUUUAGUUUUAACUGAAUAUUUUACAGUCAUUUGAGUCACUUAGAUAAGUCAGCUGUAGCACAAAGUGGUAUUGCAAUAUCAGGUAACAAAUAUAAAUAAAAUCACAUUAUCGAAAAGAUUUCCCACUUUCUUUUUUAAAAUACAAAACAAAGAGAAUGGGUAAAUCUAGAUCUUGCAAAAUGACCUUGUGCCGUAUAAAAAAACAUUGCAAUUCUAUCUGGUUACACUGACCUGGUUGUAUGUGAUGAUUGCGUUUUAAAUUGUUGUGUAUAGUUCGUUUUUUUCGUGUAAUUGAGUAUGCUAUUAUGUGGUUGUUUAGUCGAUGACAAAUGGGAAUUCAGUUGAUGAUAAUUUUGUGAUACAUAUGAUUAAUAUAUUGUGAUAUACUUAAUAUAUUGUCAUUCAUCUAUGGAAACGUGAUUCAGUUGCUUAUACACAAUUCUUAUGUAUAUGUGGUAUAGAGUCCUUUUGUAGUUUCUUAUGGUGGAGGAAUUGAGUGUCCUUUAUAGGAUGCUGAAGACAGCGAAUGGGUACAAGAGAAUGUUCUGUAGCCGUUAGCUGUUUUUAUCAUUCUUUUUAGUGAGUUGAUCAGCUUUUGGACAAGGCUCACGCUGGUUGUGAUUCACGCUGUAAAUUACCUACAGUCAUCGCAUAUGGUGUGUUUUUAAUUACCUCAAGUCCCUUUUUUGGCGAAAGGGAACCAACAUACAUGCAUACCUACACACAUCCUUCCCCCUAAAAAAAAAAAAAAAAAAAAAAACACACAUCAUGCACAAUGUGGAUAUUUAUUGUCAUUGGGACAUUUGUACUGGCUUAACACUCUUACCAUGGGUUAAGGUUUUGAGAGGGGCAUCUUAAUUGUAUUGUCUUGUGUACCUCUUUUGACACUUUGAUUUGAUACACAUUCAUAUGCCUUUGCUUACUACAUAUUCACUGGAUAUUCCUAACACUCUGCUUAGGUCUUUGACGGUUGGGAUCUCAUAAUCACUUUCAUACCUAAUAUCCAUAUCAUAAUGCCAUUGAAAGAGUUUAGUUGACAAAGCUAUUAACGGUAGAUCAUCAAAACAUUUUUACUACAGAGCGCUAGCUUUGUAUCCAUUUUUUGUUGUUAUAAGUUUCAUUAGUUUGCAUUACCUCUUCAGAAAAUUCAUGAAACUGCCCUAAAGAGUGGCUAGGUGACUUGCCAUGUGAUAUUUGACUGAUCUCUUGACCAACUGGUGUUACAAGUACUACAUACCUAAUACAGGUAUAUCAUACUCACAUGUUAGUAUUUAGGUAUACACAACAAAAGUAUGAUAAAUUUGUGUAUUCUCUGUUAUUAGUCUUCUGAAAAAAAAAAAAAAAAUUUGGCCGAAUCUUGCACUUGGAAUUGCAAAAUUGAGCCGAAGGAUUUUCAUUUUGAAUGAAGUGAAAAGAACAGAUGAACUGCUGGGAAUAAAGGGGUGUUGUAAUAACCUGACUUUUUUGCAGUUCCAAGUGUAAAAAUGAAAUGUAAUCAGUGAGUCAGAGACAGUGUUGUUUGGUUGGAGAUGUUUGGUUGUCUGUAGUGGGGAGAUUAAAUAUAGAAAUGAUAAUGUU